AGCGAUAGCCGUAAUAUUUCUAUAUAUGAGGCGGAGUUUUCAUUACUAUCCGGCUUAAAAAUUUUGCUGUGAAACAAAAUGGAGGAAUUCUAAAUUGUUGGCAGACUGAUAGAGAUAAAAAGAAAGCAAAUUCAAACGUAGCACAAAUUGCACACACAAUCGCAACCAGAACGGAGAGUUUCCGGAAAAUGAGCAGCCAGGGGCAUCACAAAAUGCAAACGGGUGCUUGCGGCGGUGGUCUAUCAAUGUUGCAACCGACCACCAAAGGCGCAAAGGACCCGGAGCUGACGGAUGAAAUCGAUUUGGGUGAUCGCUUCUCAGCAGAUAUGGCGCGUCUCUGCCUGAACGAAAGGUAUGCCGAUGUGGAGUUUAUUGUCGAACAGCAUCGAUUGCCGGCGCAUCGCGUCAUUUUAGCGGCACGCAGUGAAUAUUUUCGGGCUCUGCUUUACGGUGGCAUGUCAGAGACCACACAACGCCAAAUACCGCUGGAAGUGCCGCUGGAACUUUUUAAAGUGCUCUUGCGUUAUAUUUACUCGGGUACCCUAUCGCUGGCGUCACUCGAUGAGGAUGCGGUCAUCGAUGUGCUCGGCAUGGCCAAUCAAUACGGUUUUCAGGAUCUGGAGAUGGCCAUAUCGAAAUACUUGCGUCGCUACUUAGCUCUCAAUAAUGUCUGCAUGAUUCUGGAUGCGGCACGUCUAUAUAAUUUGGAAGAACUCACGCAUGUUUGCCUGAUGUUUAUGGAUCGUAAUGCAGUGGAUUUGUUGCAACACGACUCCUUUAAAAUGCUAUCCAAGGAAUCACUUGAGGAGGUGCUGCGUCGGGACUGCUUUUUCGCGCCCGAGGUGCAAAUCUUUCUAGCUGUGUGGAAAUGGAGUCGCUACAAUCCUAGCAUAGACAUCAAAUCUGUGGUGUCGUAUGUGCGGCUGCCGCUCAUGAAUUUGGAGCAUUUGUUGCAGGUGGUGCGGCCUUCUGGCAUACUCGAACCAGACAAAAUAUUAGAUGCGAUUGAUGAGCGCAGCACCAUGAAAACGCUGCCCUAUCGGGCCGCUCUCUGGCCUGAGGAAAAUGUGGCCACCGCCAAAUACUUAUCACGUUGCAUUCAGGGAGAGUGCCGUACAGUCUUGUUGGACGGCGACGUCAGCACUUACGACAUGGAACGCGGCUAUACCCGCCACUGCAUUACAGAUAAGAACGAUGUCGGUAUUGUGGUCGAACUGGGCACCAUGUGCAUGAUUAAUCACAUAAGGAUAUUGUUGUGGGAUCGUGAUAGUCGCGCCUAUUCCUACUUUGUCGAGGUAUCUGGCAAUCAGCAGUAUUGGGAGCGUGUGGUUGACUACAGUGAGUUUCAUUGCCGCUCCUGGCAAUAUCUCUACUUUGCCGCUCGUCCAGUGCGUUACAUAAAACUGGUGGGCACACAAAAUACAGUCAAUAGGGUCUUUCACGUUGUUGGUCUAGAGGCGAUGCAUACGGCUAAUGUGCCCGAUCUGGUCGAUGAUUUUGUUGCACCCAAAGCCAAUGUAGCGACGAUUGAGAUGAGCGCCAUUGUCACCGACGGCGUCAGUCGUACACGCAACGCACUCAUUAAUGGCGAUUAUGUGCGCUACGAUUGGGAUUCGGGCUAUACAUGCCAUCAACUGGGCAGCGGAGAGAUUGUUGUGCGUUUGGGUCAGCCCUAUUAUGUGGGAUCAAUGCGCCUGUUGUUGUGGGACUGCGACGAUCGCACCUAUAGCUUCUAUAUUGAGACGUCGACGAAUCGCAAAGAUUGGCAAAUGGUUGUUGACAAGCGUAACGAGAAGGCCCGCUCCUGGCAAAACUUUCACUUCGCCCCACGCCCUGUCGUCUUCAUACGCAUUGUCGGCACACGGAAUACGGCCAACGAGUCUCAUAUACAGAUUUUCCAUUGUGUCCAUCUGGAGUGCCCGACGCAGGACAAGAGCUAUUUGAAGAAGAUAGCGGAGCAGGAGAAGAAACGGCAAUGCGAGAAAGCUGCCAACGAACAGUUGGCUACCGAUGCACCCAAACCGACAGACGAUAUUGCCUCCACAUCGGCUGCCGCGAUCGCAGCGUCCUCUAAUUGUCUACAGCCAGCUCGUGCCACACCAUCUGUGUUUCCAUCCGCAAGCCCUAAAACUGUCGCCCGCUGGCCCCUUGAUUUGUCCGCCCUCUUCGCCAGCGCUGAGGAAUUGGCGCGGCCACAGAUUUCUCAACCAUCCCCCACAUCGUCGCCACUACCCUCACCAUCCACAACAGUAGUCCCACAAGUAUCAUCUCCCAUAUCUGCAACAACCACCACACCCGCCACACCCAUUACACCCGCCUCGCCGAUCACACCCGCCUCGACGCCCUCACCUGUGGAAACAAUGUCACAACCACAACAGCAGCCACAGCAGCGACCAGCCACGCCCCCGCCCCAGCUGCGACUCCAGCAGGUGGCCCCGCUUGUCGAGCUCGCCAUUGAGGCAAAGCAGAAAGCCGAACCAGAUACCAAUUGUUAAGCUUUAAAACGCUUCUUUAUAUGUAUAUGUUUAUGUAUAUGACGUGUCCUUAUACGCAGUAUUUUUACAUGUCAGCUCGAAAUACUCUCGUACUAAUUAAUAUUUGGCUUAAUUAUUUGUGGUAUGUUUACAAAAACCCCUUAAAAUUAUACAAUAGUAAAUGUAAUUUGACAAAAUCGA